AAAAACAUGUUUAGCUUAGCUUAGCUUCUUCAAUUCCUUCACAUUCUCCUCCCAAAUUCCACCAUAUCCUUUCUCUCUCUCCUUUAACAUUCUCACACCCAAUUUUGUUUCCUGCUUUAAACUGAUAAUGGAGAAGAAUGAGCAGAGAGAGACUCGCGACUUCAUGAACGUUGACUCCUUCUCUCAGCUUCCCUUCAUCCGCCCCUCGCCGCUCAAACCGGAGAAGGGCAUUAGGCUCUUCGGCAAAGACUUCGGCGGCGGCGCCGAGGAUGAUUCUGAAUCCAACGAUACCCCCGCCGCCGCCGCAGGCGGCGGCGGGGAGAGCAAGGAUAAUGACAACAACGGCGGCGAAAGUAGCCGGAAAUUCGAGUGCCACUACUGCUGCCGGAACUUCCCCACUUCCCAGGCCCUCGGCGGCCACCAGAACGCCCACAAACGCGAACGCCAGCACGCCAAACGGGCGAACCUCCAGUCCGCCAUGGUCCACGGCGGUCUCUCCGCCGCCGACGCGCACCUCUACGGCCUAAUCAACUACCGCAUAGGCUCCGCUCCCGCCGCCGCUCCGCCCAUCCCCUACCAUCAUCACCACCACCCUCAGCCCUGGAGCGGCGGCACUAGGGUUUACGGCUCCCACGUCGCCAACCCUUACUCCCAACCUCCCAUCAACGGAAGCCCGCUCGCCCUAUGGCGCGUCCCCGCCGUGCCGCAUAAUUCGCCGCCGCCGCCGUCGUCUUACUUCAGCCGAGACCGCUCAAUGCAUCCAUUGCCGUUGCUGGCAAAGGAAACUGAUCUGAAACCGCCAUCUUCCAUAAUCAGUAGCUCCGCUACUCAUCAAACCCGGUUCGGGUACGACCCGAAGCCACCCAGCGUCAAAGAUGUGAGUUUAGAUCUACACUUGUAAUAACCAUAGCUUAAUCCAUCGUUUUACUCCAUCUUUUGUAUUAGCCUGCAGAUCAGAUGACAAAAAUUUUAAGAACAGUAUCAUAU